AUGUAUGUACGUACGACAAAGUCGUACGUACUAGAUACGUGUAUUUCGUCCGUAGUACGUACGUCGAUUUAUAUACACCUAUGCACAAUAUCUAUUUCUAUAGAUCAACGCUUCUCUUUGUCACUUUGUGAUCAUCCCCAAAAAAUCUGCCUUUGUUCUUUGAUUUUGUUGUUGUCAGUAACUUUGUCUACCAUUCAAAUCUUUGACAUAUUCUCAGGCGAACAAAGACAGCUCAGUUGGCAGUG